AUGACUACCAGCAACAGUAAUAAUAUUUUAAGCCUUAAUUGCAUUAUUCCUGGUGAUGAAUUCGAAGAUAUUUUCACGUUAGAGAUAUCUGAAGAUAAGCUGGUCAACCAGCUCAAACCAAUGAUCAGAAAGUGGUGGCCAAACCGAUUCCAACAUAUCGAUCCAAGUAAACUUAUUCUCUACAAAGUACUUGAUGUGAACAUUGCUUUAGGUUUAAUCGAACCCCUAAAAAAGGAGAAGGAGGGUAAUAAGAAUUAUGGACAACGCUUGCAUCCAUUGGAUAAGAUCUGUAUACAUUUUAAUAACGAUCAAGAAACAUAUCCCGAUAGCAUUAAACCAAAAGAAAAUAGAGUCAGCAUCGUUGUAUGCCCCCCUGAUAAUAGUUAG